AUGUUCAUCUUUAUCAAACAUGGAGAUAAUCAGCUGUUUCUGGCCAACAUUAACUGUUCUGUCCUUCUGCUGCUGCAUUAUGCCCGCCAUAAAGUGGGGUUGCCUAAAACAGACACCAUUGAUUUAUGUGAUGAAACGGGGACAAUGAAGUUGUUUUUUCUGAUGAAGACUCCUGGAGACUAUGCCAACAAAUUCCUUACAGCUCGAAACACCUACUAUGUUUGUAAGGUGGAGUGUGGGGCACCAGGAACUGGAUUUGAGAAUGCCUACAAAGCAUUUGUGCCCCUCCUGAAGAACCCAGAACCCAAGCUUGUUGAUGCCUUGUGUACACAAUGUGACCUCCUGGAGAGAAGUCGAGUGAAAAUGCUUAGAAUCCAAGAAUCCAAGAAAGUCAUUUCAACUGAAUCCUCCAUGAACCUCCUAUCCAAAUCAUCAGGACGAUCAGAUGAAGAGGGGACCACUCAUAGGGCUCCGGUCUUGAAGACCAGAGGGGAUUUUGUCAGUAGGAGAGAUAAACAUCACUAA